GCGUGCAGCAUUUCCAUCGUUUUCCUUAGCUACGAAAGCUAAAGCGUGGUCAAUCGCUUGUAAAAACGCGUGGACGGCAAAUAACGAAUAAUAACAUCACAUCUAUUGACUAGUUUUUGUGCUUUAGCUAGAAAGUCCAACUAACUACUGCUGAUAACGAGUUUGGAUAACAAACAUCAGCUAACAAGGUAGAGGCCACACACCAACUCAACCAACUAAAUGAUAAAGGGCAGCUAACUGUACCUCGGUGAUUAUGGAUCAUUUAGAUACAGAGCUCAGUCCGCUGGAGGACUUAGAGAAGGACGAUGACACUUCAGACGACAACUCGUCAAAAGGACGGAGGAAAUCCAGGCUCCCUCUGGUCAAUCUGAUGUCUACAGAGAGACCAGAGGUUUCUGGGUUCCGUCAGAGUACACACAUCUGCCUGGAGAAGAUCAGAGAAGCCAUGCUGCACCACAGAUGGCACGAAGCAGCAGAAUACAUGGCCUUCUACCCCCAAAUAUUAGAGGACCGGACAAGGACCUCCGCAGCGACCAAUAAAGAGCUCGUUUGGAGACUCAGCACAGAGAUACUUCACCAUCACCCCAAGUCAAAGCUGGAAGACUACAACAACAUCUAUGAAAGAAUGAAACACUCAGGAGUCAAGCUCUACCUCUUGGUCAGUCUGGAGCAUUCGUUCCACCUGAUGCUCCACGGUCACAUUGUGGAUGCGAAGCGUCAGCUGUCUGUGGCUGAAAGCUGGAGGUAUGGGAAGGAGUCAGCAGCUCAGUAUCAGACAAUUAAACUGAUCCAGGCCUACAGGAGCCUACUGGAUUACAUCAUCUGGUGUGACAAAAAGUUCACACACUCCGAUCUUCCUAACUUUGAUGACAACCAAGAGAUGCAAAACUACUUCAGACAAGCCUCCGUGAAUCUAAAGGAGAUUUUGAAAAAUCCCGGAGUCUGGGACCCCUUUAUACUCAGUUAUGUUGAGAUGCUGGAGUUCUAUGAGGAUCACGAGGAAGCUUUGAAAGUCCUGAACGACUAUGCAUAUGACAACAGUUUACCACCUAACCCUAAUGCACAUGUCUACUUGUACCAGUACCUUAAGCGGCAUAAUGCACCGCAGAGAAAACUGAUGAAAGUGUUGAAGACGCUGCACGUCUUAGUCCCAAGCCAUGAGCUGAUGUUGGAGUACAGCGCUCUUCUUCUCCAGUCAGAGAAAAAAAGUGACAGUGAGAAGGUUUUAGGAAUGGUUCUGGAAAUGCUGGACUUUGCCUGUUGGAGGCGCAACCUGGACGUGUGGAAAUGUUUGAAAGCUGUAAUUGAAAAGUUACAGUUACAAGACGACUGGAGGAACAUUGUCUCAGGAAAAAUGUCUGAGAGAAAAGACUGGUGGCCUGCGCUGCACUUCACAAAGUUCCACGCAAGUAAAGACUGCGAGGACCCAGAGCUGAUGGGAGUGAAGGUGGCGCUGGUACAAAUCCUCUGUCCAGAUCUCAAGUGCACAAAGUACACUGCUGGUGAAGGAAGCAAGGGACAGUGAACAGGGAGAAGACCCAAGAAAAAAACUGAGCUGCAGUUGUGACUUUUUACAUGAAAUUAUGAGUUUUUUUUUGUGCAUAAAUAGUUUCUGAAGGUUUACUCACUCUUCAUGUGUCCUGUGCGGGUAAUUGCAUCUGCAGCCACAUCGUCCACUAUGUGGAGCUCUUGCUCUGUAGCGUUUCAGUGAGCGUAACUGCCUAUUUGUGACAGGAUGUCUGCGUUGUGUUAACGUGGACUGACUUUGACCUCAGCUGACCUUUGGCCACGCUUUGGCUGCUGUGACGUUAGAAGAGCUGGUGCAUGUUCUGCAGAUAUUUAAGUCAGUGGAACAAGUAAUUUGUGAUAGAAGAGGUGCCUGCAUUAGAAGAUAAUAACUGACCUGUGUUGUGUAUGUGCACUAUUUUAUUCAUCACGGCCUCCUGACAGCCUGCCAGUUUAAUAAGUAAAAACGCUUGGAAUGA